GGUGUGUGGACCUGUCCAUCUCGCUCAGCAAUCUAAAUAAAAAAUAAAUAAUAAAAAACAAUUACAACUGCAUGUGAGACGGGAGAAAUCAAGUGGGGAGUUGAAACUCGUGCACUGGACAAUUCUAUUAUUUAAUUUAUUUCGUGUGUGAUUUAUUGGAGUUCAGUUGGUGUUUUCGCUGUGGAUUAAUUUCUUGUGAUUUAAUUUGUGUUGUGAAUGUAUUAUUUGUGGGUUUUUUUUAGAGUAAAUCCGUGACACCUGCGCACCAUUGCGUGAAGAUAAUCGAGUAUUUCUACGCAUCAGCACAACGUCAGAUCGAAAAAUGCCAGAAUCCCGAGGAAUCUCCGCCGUGUGAUGAAUUCAAUUGACGAAAUAUAAUGGAGUCAUUUUGGAGCGGUCAUUUACUAUGAGUUAAAGCCCCGUCAUCAAUUGAAACUGGCAUGGAGAAGGAGAACUCCGCGUCGGGCGGAGGUGGGGGUGGAGAUACAACAGCAACAACGGCAACACCGGGCUCCGUAGCCAGCUCCGUCUCUGAUAAAUUACAAGCGGAUCAGGCUAACCCACUCCUCGAUCCCAGUGCACUAUUCGGUGCUUAUUGGCCACGUGGCGAUAGUGCAGCAUCCUCACUGUUUGGUGGUAUGCCUGGUGGUUAUGGACUCGGUGCUCAUCAUUUGCCAUCGGCCUAUGCAAUGCUAGGACGUGGUGGUGCAGCACCUGGUUUUGGUGGUCACACACCAGCAUCAGCACCACCACCACCGCCACCACCGUACUCUCACGCGAGUCUUGGGACGCUCAGUGUUGCUGCCAGUCAAGCAGCCAGUUUAGGUAUAAAUUCAGCAAGUGCAGCAUGGUGGACAAUGGCAUCGCACUUAGCAGCUCAAGAUUACCUAGCCAGGUUACAAGGUGCUGCUGGUUUACCUGGUUUUCCCCCAGGUGCUGAGAGCCUAUUACCCCCAUAUCCAGCAUCACUGCUAACUCCACCGUCCCUGUCGUCGUCCCACAAGUCCAGUAAGUCUAAGUCAAGUAAGAGUCAUAAACCAGCAGCGACCAGCAGUAGCAGCAGUACUACGAAUAACAAUAAUUCUACGACACCGAGUACUCAUACAAGUAGUUUGUCUGUAAGUCAAGCAUCUGUAACAACGAGUCAUCACAAUACAACACCAGCUACGAGUUGCAAUACGACGACUACCCAGGCCAAUGUUGUUAGUAGUCCUCCAGCGAAGGAAGGAAGUGAUCCAAGCAGUAUCCUGGGAGGCGUGAGACUUCCACCGGACACUGAAAUCAUAAAGUACACAUCGAGUAUUGUUGGACCAAAGGUUCCAGGUACGACGAAUCGCGGUAGGAAAAAGACAAUAUCAUUAGAUUCACCGAGUGUAAGUGUUCAUCCACCUUCAGUGCAGGCACUCAGUGCUCAUCAGACUACCCCAACUACCUCAUCCCUGGUUAUGGAGCCGAGAAAAUUCAAUCGUACACCAGUGAGUGAAUCGAGCGAAUACAGGGACUCCGUGGAUCGUGUGGAAGUGAUAAAACUACCGGCCCAUUCAACCAACGGUUCAGUAUUAACGGCUCCUCCAUUGUACACCAUGAGCAACACUACCAGCAACUCCAACGACGCUGAUGCACCCCUGAAUCUGUCAUUGAAGCCAGCAUCAACGAGCAGCAGUUCACCGAUAUCAGGCAGUCAACCUCUCAGUCAACUAAGUAAUCUCAGUCAAUCAUUGUUGGCCUCCGAUCGUACGUCGCGACGGAAACCAGGUCCCAAGCCACGACGAGUCCCCCAGAACUCAGUAACAGUGCCAGCCUCACCGAGUCCCUCACUCGCUCAGUUAUUCACUGCUGCUGAUUCGCCGCAACGUCCGAGCAGCGGAAGUGAGGAGAGUGAAACAACCCCGAUACACCACAAAGACGGUAGACCCAGAAACUUGGGACGUGGUGUAUCAAAGCCCAAGAAAAAUACAGUGGCAUCGUUAUUGGCCCAGAGUCGUGCUCUGGGAAUAAAACCUACCCCAACACUGGAUCCAAAUGUACCAUUGUCCCAUCAAGUAUCGUUACUUAGAUCUAAUAUACUUGCUGCGCAGUUACAUGCGUCAGCGACUGGUCAAAUUGAUGAGAAGGGUCAACGCUCCUUGCAGGAAAAAAUGAAGAGUAAACUGCUUGAGGUUUCCGGUGAGGAAAGUAACAUGGACGUGACCAGUGAGAGUGGUAGUAAUACGGAUGUUGUCACUGAUACCGAUGACGACAAUGCGGAUGGUGUGCCCAGUGCUAAAAGACGAAAAUUGAAUCCCAGUGAGAAGGAUCUACAGGUACCUCUGGAGAGGGGCUGGAAGAGGGAGACGGUUAUCAAGGGGUUGGGCAAGACUGGGGUCAUUAAGGGGGAUGUCACUUACUACAGCCCUUGUGGAAAGACUUUCAGGAAUAAUCAGGACUUGUUCAAGUUUCUGGAGAUUCAAAAUCCAGCAGACCUGACAACCGCCAACUUCUCGUUCUCGUCGAAACCUCUCGUUGGAGAAUUCCUCCAGCCAACGAUGGGUUUGGCUGAGGCUGAAUUCGUGAGACUGGGGGCCCAGGAAGUGGCGCGGAGGCUGGAGGAACUCAGGGCGGCGGGGGGAUUCCGAGAUGUGAGGCCAACCAGUCAAUAUGAGAGGGACAAGUUGGCUUAUGCUAAAAAACUGGCGAAAGAGGAGGCACAGAGACACAAGGAGCAAGCUAGAUUGAUAAAGGAACAGGAAAAGACUGAGAGACAGGAAGCUGUACGUCGAGAACGAGAGAUCAGAAAUCAGCAGCUCCUGGAGGGUCGGAAGAGGCUUGCGUUCACGAUAAAACAGAAGAUGAAGAUCAUACAGGAAAUAGAACGUGGAAAGAGUAAGAGUGAUGUGGCAAGGGAAUUGGGUCUGGCUAGCAGUACAGUUGCUACAAUCUGGAAAAAUCGUGUCAGUAUAGCUGAGAGCUGGAGAAAUCGUGAUAUGAUGCAAACAGACAGUGAAAUGGAACAAAUUGGAAAGAAAAAUAUCCUUCAGAAUAAUGUUAUUGUGCCGGGAGCAAUGUCAACACCUCCGAUAACGACAUCACCAUCAAUAAUAGCUAUGUCAAGUACUCCAUCGUCGACAUGUAGCUCAAUCCCCACGUCACCUUCGUUGAAUUCACAGCCGUCAGUGGAGAUCCAGCAACCACAGACACAAACGCUAAACCAGGAACUCCUGGAGGCGAGAAAAAAAAGACAGGAGGAAGUUGAGAAAAUUCGGAUGGAGGAACAACAGCGAAAACAACAGGAACGUGAACUUAAACGUCAGCAGGCAGUGAUGCUCAAAGAACAGAUGUACAUGCAGGAGCUCAGCAAGCAGCGCGAGAUGCUCUACACCGUCGAGUUGGAACGCGAGAGGAGACGGCAGCAUAUGGCGUUGAUUCGCGCCUUGGAGAAUCGUCGACGGAUGGAGGAACGCGAGAAAAAACGACUGGAGGCGCGCGCCGAGAGACUUGCGACGAAGGAAAAACGGGCUGAACAGAGGAAACUCGAGAUGGAACUGGUGGAGCAGAUCAGGAAACCGGUGGAGGAUAUGGAACUGACAGAUCACAAACCCCUGCCCCAGAUAAAGCGCAUCCCCCGCCUGAAGCUCUCCGGGGAAGCCUUUGCCGAAAUAGUAAUGGUCUUCGAGUUCCUCCACAACUUCGGUGAGACCCUGGGCUUCGACAUGGAGUCCCUCCCCUCCCUGAAGAGCCUGCAACUGGCCCUCCUGAAUGACGAGGAAGCCGAGGAGGAGAUGCUCUCCGUGAUGACGCACCUCCUGGUCUGUGCGAUAGAGGACCCAGGGAUUCCCCAGCCAGCGCGUCACACCACAGGCCUCGGCCAGUCCCUCCGCCAAGCAGACAUCACUCACGCCAACAUCAGCGAGGUCCUCCGGAUCUACCUCUACGCCAACGCAACGGGCGAAGUGAAAGCCCUAACUGGCGUUUGUUUAGAGCGCGAACGAGACAAAAAAUUCGCCGAUCACCAUCAGAACGGUGGUGACUAUCCCUCCACCCCCUCAGGAAAGAAUGCCCAGUUCUAUGAGCACCUUCACAACAACGAAACCUGGAAGAUGUCGGAGAGACUCCGAGACAAGCCCUUCCUGGCGCUUAAUCCAACGCACAAAGCUCAAAUGCUAGGUUUUCUCUGCAAUGAAUUGCUUCAAAAUAAAGCUGUGAUACGUCAGAUCGAGGGGAGCCUGGAGACUGUUGCCCAACUGAAGAAGGAGCGUUUUGUCCUGGAUACGAAAAUCCGAAAGCUCCGACAGUUGCACAGCAGGAAAGUCCGGAUGGAGGCAGUUGGUGUUAUCAUCAACAAGACUGGUGACACAAUAACAAUCGAGAAGAAAGAGGCUGACGAGGAGACCAACACCUCAAGUACCAAUAAUCCAACGAUGGACACAACCCCAACCCCCGAGGAGAUUCACCACGAGGACGAGGUCGAGGACAUGUCUGAGAAUGAGUCGGAGGGGACACAGCCAGAGGAGGAAGAGGACAAGAAUCUUUCUGCCGAAGAGCUUGGAAAAAAACUGGAUAAACUGCUCAAACAGUCUGAGGAGCAGUUGCAGAAGCUCAAUGGCUCCUCGAAGCAACUUCGAGCCCAUGUUUUCGGUCAGGACAGAUACUGGAGGCGGUACUGGGAGCUCCCCUGCGCUGGGGGAAUUUUCGUGGAGGCCAUGGAGAGUGCGGAACCCGAGGUUCUGGAGCUGCAGGCAGAACUCGAUGAAAAGUGGAAGGGGAAAUUGAUCGAGGAGAAGGUGGAGGGGAAAAAAGGAGAGAGUAAUGAUGAUAAAAAAGAUCCUGGGGAUUCCCCCAAUAAUGACGACCCAGAGGAGAAAAUUAAGGAGAAGUCCAGGGCUGAUGAGGUCAGCCCUGAGGUCAACGAAAAUUUCGUGAAGAAGGAGAUGAACGAGGUUUUGAAAACUGAUGACAACCUGACGAGUGAUGCCAAGACUAAUGUCACAUCGGAGGAGAUUAAACAGGAGACUGAGAUGGAGGUUGAUCCUAAAAUGGAAAAGUUUGAGGAGAAGAGUGAGAAUGUUAAUGGUGACAAGUGUAAUCAUCUUCACAGUCUGCCCAAUGGCAAGGAUGUUAAUGGGGGGAUGGGUGAGGUGGACAUGCCCUGGUUCUCGAUACUGCCACGAGAGACUUGUGACACAUCUGGACCGAGUAGCAAGCAGAUAUUUGGAAUAGCUGAGAGUGCAGAGUUGAGGAUACCGAUUUUUCCACCACCAGCUAGUCCAGGGUAUGAGCGUUGUGACAGUCCAGCUCCUCUGAUUUUAACUCAGGAUGAGGCAGCACAGUUGGAGUAUCUGAAGGUCCAUGGGUUGCCACCUCCAGGCGAGGCGAAACCUGUUCCUGAGGAUUUGAGGUAUGGCUGGUGGAGAAUCGCUGAUGUCGAUACUUUCCAAGAGCUUCUCGAGCAUUUGCACUCCAGGGGAGUGAGGGAGAAGGAGCUGAAGAGGACGACGUGGGCCACUAUGGAAUCCUUCCUGGCUGUCACUGGGAAGAUUCAUGUGGAUCCUGGAAAUACUACGGCGACCGAUCUGGGGGGCGGAGAGGAGGAGGACGAAGAGGACGAGGAGGACGAGGUGCCCAGGCCCGACAAUCCGGGGGAUUGGAGUGAAGGAGUGGCUCUCAGGGUCGAUGCACAGCUGCUGGAGCAGGUGGAGGCGUUGGAGGACAAGGUGGCUAAUGCUAGCAUGCAGGUAAAGGGCUGGAAACUACCCCCCAGGGCGGGGAGUGAGGAGGCAGAUGAGAUUGAGAAGCUCAAUGAGAUGGAGAAGAUCAAUGCUGUCGAGCAGGCCAGGCAGAGGCUGCUCUCGUUGGAGGCGGCUAUUGAGAGGAGAUAUCUGAAACCACCGCUGGGGGUCUGCACUGGUGAUCCAAACUUGGCAGCUCUCAAAGCAGAACAAGCAGCAGCAGCGGCAAAUGCAAACUCAAACUCGUCAGAUGGGGGAUCAGCCCCACCUCCACCCGAGGAGACAACACCACGUGGUCUCAACAACUGGCGUGAAGCAACAGCUCGUGCACACACAUCAGCACAACUGGCAAUGGCUCUCUACAUGCUCGAGGCCAGCAUCGCGUGGGACAAGAGCAUCAUGAAGGCUAAUUGCCAGUUUUGUCACAGUGGUGACAACGAAGACAAAUUGCUCUUGUGCGAUGGUUGCGAUCGUGGAUACCAUACUUAUUGCUUCCGUCCAAAAAUGGAGAACAUUCCUGAUGGUGAUUGGUAUUGCCACGAAUGUAUGAAUAAAGCGACCGGUGAGAGAAACUGUCUGGUGUGCGGCAAAAGGGUUGGAAAGAACCUGGUGCUCUGCGAAUUAUGCCCUCGAGCUUAUCACACCGAUUGCCACAAUCCCGUGAUGCCUAAGAUGCCAAGAGGCAAAUGGUAUUGCUCCAACUGUCACAGUAAACAGCCAAAGAAACGUAACAGUACAAGAAGGAGUCACAAUAAAAGUGGAGGCAACACCAGAGACAGUGAAAGUUCCGAUCAUCCGCCCGCUAGUCCAACGCCUUCAACGGCAUCAAAUACCCAUGGUGAUGAUACUAAUACGUCGGAACCACCAACACCAACGGCAUCACCACGUAAAGAGCCUAAUGCCAGGAAUUUAACAAAGAAACAACAGCGUGAAUUAGCACCUUGUAAAUUACUGCUUGAACAGUUGGAGCAACAGGAUGAAGCCUGGCCUUUUCUGCUGCCAGUUAAUACUAAACAAUUUCCGACUUAUAAAAAAAUUAUAAAAACACCGAUGGACCUCAGUACUAUAAAGAAAAAACUGCAAGAUACUGUAUAUAAAUCACGUGAUGAAUUUUGCGCUGAUGUACGUCAAAUGUUCAUAAAUUGUGAGGUAUUUAAUGAGGAUGACAGUCCAGUUGGUAAAGCCGGCCACGGUAUGCGAAGUUUCUUUGAAAAUCGUUGGACUGAAAUAACGGGUGCACCACCGCCUCAUCCACAAACCCAUAGCUGAGGAACGGGGCGAUCGCGCAAUACUUGUAACAGUUUUGCGCAUUUUUAUUACUAAAAAUACGAAACGAAAAUGCAAUUAUCUUCUUUGUGAGACGAAUCAUCUUGAAACUGUUAUUUUCAACCACGUUUUAGUGGUUCAAUACACUUUGCCAAGUUAAUAUUCAACAUUAAAGAACUGACAUUAAAAAUAUAAUACUCAAAGGAUUCAAUAGAUUAUCUCGACUGCCUCAUUCUGAGACAGAGCGGAGGCAGUGGCAGUAAUAAAUAAAGGAUAAAUAUUGUAUAAUACGAUCACUGUACUUACGAUGAAUACUUUAAUAAAUAAUACGCUGCCUAAAGCAUAGAUUGUAAUUCCAGGUUGUAUUAUAUUUAGAUGCCGUUGAAUAUAGAUUUUUCUUUCAUUUUCGUAAAUGAUGACUUAUCCGAUAAGCGAGAAAUUAUGAGAGAAUUUAUGUAAAUAUACACACGAUGCAGAAGAAUGGGAAUAUUCUACUGUAGGAAAAUGUAGCCGAUGAGGGGAUGUUUUUUUUCUUUUUCUAUUUAAACUCUGUCAUUCCAUCGUGUAUUUCUCCAAUUUUCAUCAUUGAAAGCAUUAAAUUUUACUUGUUCACGUGUUUGGAUAUUAUUGUGACUGAAUAAACGAAAAGAUUACUGAUGUGUUCAUCAUUCUAUCGAUUUUAUAAAAAAAAUGAAAAUAGGCACUUGUAUUUCUUCCUGAUUUAUCGAUUACGAAAAAAAAUACUAUUUGUGGGGAAAACGAGAGCUGUCAAGUUAUUUUUGAUUUUUUUUUUCGCGUAAAUUGCCUCAUAUUAUCCCACUGUCCGUGAGGAUGAUCGAAGGAGUGACUUCGUAGUGAUGAUACUGAAUAAAAAAGAUAGAGUGUGAGUAGGAGAGACGAUUUUGAUAUGAAUGAAGAUGAUUGUUCCAGGAUUAAAUGCUUUGCAGAGUGAUGAUUAAGUUUAUUGAAUUAAGACGCCCCGAGAGAAAUGAUUGGGAAAAUGGCACCAAAUUCUGGGGAAUAAAUGCCGCAGUAGGAGGAAGCAUAAUAAAUCAAGGUUCAUUUGGCGAAUUUUCGUUGAAAAAAAUCGAACAGUGUGAGAGUAAAAAUGACCCCUUCCCGCUUUUUAUACGAGAGUAGAGAGAGGAGAGAGUUUAGUUGAUAAACCGUUUGAUAUGGUAUAAAUAUAUACAUAGUAUUAUCAACUAAUUGUAAUAGGAUUUUCAAUUGGGCGGACAAUGACGAUUGUCACCGAUUGAUCGAUAUCGUUGAAAAUAUAGAUGAAGUAAUGAUGACAUGAGACAUGAGACGAGAUGAGUAAGAGAACCUAGGAACACUCGUAAACUUAUUAUUGUCUAUAUAGUAUAAAUGUGAGCUUACGAAAGGAAUAAAUAAAAUGAAAAUGAUGACAAACAGAUAUAUGAUAUAUUUAAAAUAGUUUCAACUCACGAAUGCUAUUUAAACCCAGACUUAAUGUAUUACGAACAUUGAAAUGAAUAAAUAAAGAGAAACGAACGUAAA